CUCCCCUAUGCCGCAGGUGCCGCGUUGAACAUCUGGGAGAGUCCGCAGUCUGUGGCCCAGCCGGGGAACCGCAGCCCGGGGGCCCUGGAACCUCCCAGACUCCUUUAUAUGAAAGGGCAACAAACCAGCUAUUCAUCCUUGCUGAAGACAAAUGCAAAUAAAAGAAACAGCAGGAAAUGGCUGAUUCUCCUGGAAAUAUGUCUCAGGGUGUGUUGGCGUUCAGAGAUGUGGCUGUGGAAUUUUCCCAAGAGGAAUGGGGAUGCCUGGACUCUACGCAGAGGGCUUUGUACAUUGAUGUGAUGUUGGAGAAUUACAACAACCUGGUCUCUGUGGAGAACUAUUGCAUACAUGGUACUGUUGAUCAACAUGUGAAUACAGAAAAAGAGUCUUGUCAGUAUAAUGAACUUGGCAAAAUUCUUCAUGAACACUUCAAAUGUGCACUUUAUAAAGCUAGUAUAGCUACAGAAAACUCUAAAAACUACAGAUGCUAUAAUGACAGGGAUAUGUCUAAUGACUCAUCAAACCUAGAUCAACCUAAAAGCAUGCACACUGGAGAAGAACCUUGCAAAUCUAAAGACUGUGAGAAAUCUUUCAGUUUGUGUUCCAACAUUAGUCAAUAUCAGAGACUCCACACUGCAAAGAAAGAGCACAGACAAGAACAAUAUAAUGACCAUUUCAACUCUACACACAGUCUCAAUGAACAAACAAACUAUAUUGGAGAGAAAUCACACCAGUGUGGGAAAUGUGGGAAGUGCUUCAGUACUGCCUCAAAUCUCACUGUACACCAGAGAAUUCAUACUGGAGAGAAACCCUACAAGUGCAACCUUUGUGACAAAUGUUUUUCCCAGAGCACAACUCUUAAAACACAUCAGAGACUUCAUACCGGAGAGAAGCCUUACAAAUGCAGAGAAUGUGGAAUGUCCUUUCCUUACUUGUCAUCCCUUAAAGUCCAUCAGAAUUUGCAUCCUGGGGCUAAGCCAUACAAAUGUAAGGAAUGUGACAAAUCCUUUACUAUAAAGUCAACUCUUAUAAAACAUCAGAGAAACCAUACUGGAGAGAAACCCUACACAUGCAAUGUUUGUGACAGAUCCUUUAGACAAUGUGCAAAUCUUAAAACACACCAAAGACUUCAUACAGGAGAGAAGCCUUACAAGUGCAAAGAAUGUGGAAAGUUAUUUACUCAGUCCUCAUCCCUUAAAAAACAUCAGAAUCUGCAUACAGGAAAGAAACCUUACAAAUGUGAGGAAUGUGACAAAUCCUUUACUGAGAAGUCAACUCUUACAACGCAUAAAAGAAUUCAUACUGGAAAGAAGCCCUACAAGUGCAACAAGUGUGACAAGUCCUUUAACAGUUGUACAAAUCUUAAAACACAUCAAACACUUCAUACUGGGGAGAAACCUUACAAGUGCAAGGAAUGUGGGAAGUCCUUUCCUUACAUGUCGUCCCUUAAGAUACACCAGAAUUUGCAUCCUGGAGAGAAGCCUUAUAAAUGUAAGGAAUGUGGCAAAUCCUUUACUCUGAAGUCAAGUCUUAGGACACAUCAGAUCAUUCAUACUGGAGAGAAGCCCUACAAGUGCAACAUUUGUGGCAAAUCCUUUAACCAAUGUACAAAUCUUAAAACACAUCAAAGACUUCAUACUGGGGAGAAGCCUUACAAAUGCAAACAAUGUGGAAAGUCCUUUCAUUACUGGUCAUCCCUUAAAAGCCAUCAGAAUUUGCAUACUGGAGAGAAGCCUUAUAAAUGUAAGGAAUGUGACAAAUCCUUUACUGAGAAGUCAACUCUUAUAAAACAUCAGAGAAUUCACACAGGAAAGAAGCUCUACAAGUGCAACAUGUGUAACAAAUCCUUCACCUGGUGUGCAUCUCUUAAAACACAUAAAAAGUUUCAUACCGGGGAGAAGCCUUACAAAUGCAGAGAAUGUGGGAAGUCCUUUCCUCAGUUAUCAACCCUUAAAAGACAUCAGAAAAUUCACGCAGACAGGGCACACACUGGGGAGAAGCUUUACAAGUGCAAUGACUGCGGCAGAUCCUAUGCCUAUCAUUCAUCAUUUAGAAGGCAUCAGAGAGUUCAUUCUAUAGAAAUUAUAGAUUGCUGCAUAGAACGUGGCGAGUCCUAUACUGAAUUAACACAUCUUAAAAUACAUUAUAGGAUCCAGACUGGAAAGAACAAGUGUAUGGACUGUGACAAAUCAUUAACCAAUCACUCGUAUUUUAAAAGAUAUCAGAGUGUUCCUACUAAAAGAGAGAGACCUUACAGAUGUAAGGCAUGUGACAAAUCUUUUUAUAAGUGUUCUACUCCUGGAGAACAUCAUAAAAUUCAUACUGGGAAGAAAAAUACCACGUUAAAUAAUGUGUCAUAGCAUUUGUCUUGUAUUCUUUGCUUACAAACAACAACAUUAUACAUAAUGUAAACUUAACGAUAAGAAAUUUGUGAAAUCCUUAAAAUAGUUUAAAUCAUAGAAGAAUUUCAUAGAGUUUAUAUUUAAAUAAAAUUCCGCAAAUGUGUCUGUGAAGAGCUGUGUCUUUUUUUUAAUGUAUAUAGGUAUUUUGAUUGUAUGCAUGCCUGUACACUGAAGAGACACAGGAAGCCUGCCUCUGCACUUCCCUGCUGCUGUGCUGGACUAGAGAAGUUAGCACUCCUUCUCUCCCCCUUCAUAGAUGCCUCUGAACUUUGGAGAGGGUGAACAAAGAGGGGCCAACCUGGAGCCAGAAUAUUCCAAUUCCCCUUUUCCCCUUUCAUACAACAGUAGCAUGGCAAGGGAAAGUAAUCUGAAGCAUUUUUCAUUCUUUUUAUAUACCUUAAAUCAUUUGUUUCCCCAAUAAUUUGCCAUAAGACAUAGGUAGUGGAUUACUGACAGCUGUCAUUAUAAGGCAAAUUUGUUUAACUAGAUGAGUACUAAAACCUAUUUUGUGAAUUUGCCACUUACUACAUUCUGGUAGCAAGGUAAGCUCUUUGUCUUUAUCAGCUGGAGGCCUAGGAAAGUGUGGCUUGAAGUCUCAUUUUUUACAAUGAAGAGAACUGAGAAAGCAUCUGAAACCCUGGGUGCUACUGUUAAACAUACAACACUAUCCCUAGCCUAGAAAAUUUCUCCAGAGUAAGACCAAGAGCUUUCAAGUCUAUGAAAAAUGACAGUGACUUACUGACUACCUGACACCCUAGAUUCCUCUAUGGUUAAAAACCAGCUCCAACAGUAUGUUCAGAGAUCCAAAGAGGGGAUGUGAGGUCUGCAACAAUGUGAAGCAGACAUACACACACACACUUGGUGGAAGAAGCAAGUUCCAACCACUCUAUGUACAUACAUGCAUACACAUUUGAUAGAUGGAGCUCUGCAUUAAAUCAUAUCAGGUAGCUGAGAGCAAAAAAGGGGUACAUGAAAUUAAUCAUCACCUUGAUCACCAGUCCGUUAUCAACAACCAAGUCAUAUCAGUGCCAUUUUUCCUGCUCCCUGACCUUAAAAAGGCCCCAGUUCAGCUAUUUAAGAGUGUGUUUUCUGAACUUCAAAUUGUUCACUAAGGUUUUCUAUAUCAUAGCUAUUAACAACAUCUUAACUUCACUAGCAGUCUACUUUUUCAAAUUUUUACAAAGGUGAUGGUCAUUGCUAACAGUCUACAUCUUAAAUAUUUCCAAGAAUGGUGGUUGAAUCAUCAAUCAGCUCUAGCAGCAAUGCUUAAAAAUCAACAGCUGUUAUUGUAAGUGCCCAGUGAGGGGCUGAAAGCCCCCCUUAGAGCUUUCAUGCAAUUCUUAGAUUAAGAGGGACCAGAAGAAGCAGAACAAAACUCCUCAACAGCAUGAAGUCCUCAGGGCAUGUAGCCAUCGUACUCUGACCCUCUGAGGUACAAACAUUAUGAUUGUGUUAAACUGUAGACUGGUUUCAUGGUUUCUACAACUGUUUUGCUGUUCCUCUUGCAUGGCCCUCAACACUCCAUGAUCAGCAGCGGGAUAAUAAGUCUACAGCUGCCACAACUGGAUCUGACAGAAGUCCCGUGUAGUAGGAACUUACAGGGACUGUUUCAUCUUGUCAAGGCAAAGCAGCGCAGUCAACUCCCCAUUGUCGUCCUUGUCCACGCAUUGGAGAGUGUGCUGCCAGCAGCAACAGUAUUUGCCCAGUGGCCAGGUUUGCCACAUUCAAAACAAGCUCCAGUUGCUGUUGUUCGGGGCCCUGUGUCAUCUUUGCAGGAGACUAGGGAUGCUGCUAGGAACUGACGUUUCUCUAUAUCAUGAAAAGCUUUUCUAUAAAACAUUUUAAGGGGCUGGAGAGGUGGCUCAGUGGGUAAGAGCACUGAUUGCCCUUCUGAAGGUCAUGAGUUCAAAUCCCAGCAACCACAUGGUGGCUCACAACCAUCUGUAAUGGGAUCGGAUGCCCUCUUCUGGUGUAUCUGAAGACAGCAACAGUGUACCUACGUAAUUAAAAAAAAUUAAAAAAAAAAAAAAAACAUUUUAAAUGACAUAUUCAGCAGAUCUCUGAAGCAUUUAAUGACUAUGUAUUGAGUUUAUCUAAAUAGAAAAACUUUGCUUCUUUCCAAUUUUAGGCUUAACUUUGAAAACAUACAGGAGGCUAAAUAAAGUUUAUUCCUGUAAUUAAUUAUAUUAGUACUUAGCAUGACUACAAGUAUACUUCUGAACACAUGAAGCAAUUUGUUCAUUUAUAUGGUGUCUUAGGGUUUUGCUGCUGUGAACAGACCCAUGACCAAGGCAAAUCUUACAAAGGACAACAUUUAAUUGGGGCUAGCUUAUAGUUUCAGAGGUUCAGUCCAUUAUCGUCAAGGCAAGAGCAUGGCAGCAUCCAGGCUGGUAUGAUAUAGGCAGAGCUGAGAGUUCAACAUCUUCAUCUAAAGGCUGCUAGUAGAAGACUAACUUCCAGGCAGCUAAGAAGAGGGUCUUAAGCUCACACACACACACACAGUGAUACACCUACUCCAACAAGGCCACACCUCCUUAUAGUCCCACUCCCUGGACCAAGCAUUUAUAAACAUCACAUAGGUGACUGACCAUUCCCUUGUAUAACUUAAUGAUCCUUAACAGCUACUUAGUAGGUUAUAUAAGGUUAGAAUUUUUCAGGUUUAUUCCUAUUUAGUUUGGCCAUUGAAAGUAACAAUUUUGAAUUGAAGCUUUUUUAGUACCAAAACAAAACUUUUAAUCAUGGAUAAGAUCCAUUAGGGAGACUGGACACAGUGGUGGUGGGGGUGGGGGGAAGUCACUCCUUGGGUGAAAUGGAAAAAGGUUAUUUCAAACUGACAAUUCUGUAAGCUAGGGUGGGCCUUCUAAGCAGAGACUGGGGGAGUCUAGAGGCUAGCAUUAACCUUGAUAAGUUAAUAGGCACCACAGUCAUAUGUUGAUGGAAGGGCCUCAGGUUCCUCUUCCCAGAAAUAAGGAAAUUGUCUCACUUUUUUAGAAAGCAGAUACGUUUUACUCAAGACCCUGGGCAAAUGGGGGCUUUUGUCUAAAUGCCGAACCUUGGGAAAAGAAUUUUCUUGGGAUACCAGACACACCCUUGUAGAAUAUUGUAGUUUGGUUUUGUAUGAUUUAGUUUAUCCAAAUAUCUAAAGCUUAGAAUGAGCAAAGACAGAGAAGGUAAACAAAUAUAACUAUGAAUCUGAGUAGAACUUAGGAAUUUGUAAAUCUUAUUAUCAAAUUUAUCAAAUACACCUUAUUUGUCAAACAUAUUUAUCAAAUAUACCCUACUUAUCAAACAUGUUACAUUUUUAAAUUUUCUAGCAGCUUUGUAUUAAACAGUUAUCAAAGACAUAAGUUGUUAGACAUACAACAUAAAUCAUCUUUUUAAAAUCUGAACAGAUGUUCAUAACCUAAAAUGUUUAUCCCCAUAUGGAGUAUGCUGUAAAUUACAGUUGAAUCACAUAUAUUGUAUUUUGUAAAUUAACAUCAUACAAAAAUCCACACUACCCCACAAUAUUUGAGAUGUGUUGUUGCUCCCUUAGUCUUGUUGAGGUCUGCCCUGUGCCCCUACAGCAUAAUUAUAGCCAUUUUGUUACAUGCCUGCCAGCUAUUUCAUAUUGUUGUUGUAAUAUGCCAACCAGUGACUGAUGCAGAAAAUAAAAUAACUUGACUCAGAGCAAGGUUAUGUUGACCACAUACCCUAUUAUAUUCUGUAUUUUCUAUGGUUUUUAAAAUUUCAAUAAAUUCCACAAAGCUUUGCAUAGGACCCAUCAAAUUAAAGGUUAAUAUGAACUAUUAUGUCUAAAAUGGCCUGACUCAGAACUGAGCACCAGGCAACACUUCCUGUACCUUCCUAUGAGCUCAUUGUGGGGUUUGUGCUGUUUUCCUUUAUAUGCCUCCCCUGAGAACUGUUUGUUAUCAUAGCGUCAGCCCCCACUGAACUAUGUACCUGAUCUGAUCACUAUCAGGAUGUGCAUUCAAUAAACCAUUACGGUCCGACUGA